AUGAUUGAUUCUCCUAAUUUGACUAACCCAAGGGUCAUACAAUUUUCCAUUCCCUCGGCCUCAUACGUCAACGAUAAAUACACCGUACUUUCCCUACCGCUAAUUUCCUCAGGUUUAUAAAUUGCAAAUGGAAACGCAAAUGCAGACAUGGGCAAUUAUAUGAAUGAGCUUUGUCACUGUUUUAACAUAUUUGAUGAUAAGGAUGUUAUAGAGUUUAUCUAGAUGAAAGAUAAGGAAUAUAUGAGAUAGUAUUUUUAGAGUCUCUAUGAGUAUCAAGAAAAUAUGUUCUAAUAAAAUUAGUUUCACAGAAUAUCCGAUGUGUCAGACAAGUCAGCUGGAAAUCAAUCUGAUGAUAAUCCUUAAAAUCUUAAAAGCCCUAUCAAGGAGAAUCUGACUAAGUCGUUUACAGCUGGUGCUAAAGACUAACCAGAAUGCGAGAGAAAGGUUAUUAGCCUAUUGGAGUCACUUGAAACUGAUCCAGAUAAAUUUUCAAGCAAUCUUAAGAGUUUCGAAGAAUAUUAUUUCAUGAAUAAACCAAUUUUGAGCAUGAGUUAUGGCGAUGGCUACAAAAUAAAAGGACUACUAUAACACCUGAGCUCAUCCGACCCAAGAUCCAUUUCAGUAGUCAAUCUUAUCAACUUUAUUGCGAGACUCCUGGAUUACAGAAGAAAUCAUCAAAUUGAACAGUUCAGACAAAUCUUUACAUAAUGUGACUAGAAUUUUAUCAAAAAGCUGAAUCUUGAAAAUCACCUGGCUAAUCCUUCAUGCAAAGAAGGAACUUUAUACAUUCUACAUGAAUAUAUCAAUGUCAACCUCAUCUAGCCUAACAAAAUUUUUACAAUUCCAGAUAACAUCCUUUUAUUUGAAAAGUGGAGAAAGUAAAGAUAAGUCGUUCAAAAAUCUUAUAUGUCUAGUGUUUCCCCACUGAGAUUGCAAAAAAAAGAUUCUGGCAGAAACACCACCACUGACUCAUUCAAUUUUGAGAAGCAUACCUUCAAAAAGAAUCACUCCUUUAUUGGCUUUUCCCAGGACAUGAGCUAAUAAGAAGUCAAGAAGACGGAAUCCUCGAAUAAUCUGCUUACUGAGACUAAGAAUGAUGAUCUUGACAGACUAAAGUUAAUAAAAACUAAGAGUCAGAACCUGGCUUUCAGAAGUUAGAUUGGAUUCGAAAAUGUCCCUUAAAAGUCUUCGUAGUUUAAGCCUUAACAAGAUACACCUUCAGACUAGCAGAUAAUGAAAGAUGUGAGUUCACUGGAUGAUGAUGAAGAAGAGGAAAAACUUGAGAUCGAGCAUGUUGACUUGCAUGACAUCAUGUACAUGAAAAAUAACAGUGGUGACAACAAAUCAUAAAAAUUUCACAAGAUUAGUGAUGAUUCUAACCAGUAGGUUUAAAAGAGCACUAGCACAUCAAAUAACAAUUAUAUCUAAGACACGGAAUGA